GAAAUUUUAGGUGGGUAAUUCUGUAAACACAAACCUAAUUUUGGGUAUUUUUGUUAACCAAAACUUUUGGUGGGUAAUUUUGUAAAAGAAAACCCAAAAGUGGCUAAUCAUGUAAUUUUCCCAAUCUUUUAUUCCACUUAUUUGACGUAAAUGCCCUCUUGAUACCAAUCCAACAACCCAUAUUAUGGUCGUUCUUUAACUUGCGUCUGUUCUCGUUCGUACUUAAUCACUACCUUCCCCAACUCCCGCUCGCCUAUUCCGUACAACCGACCGGCUCUGGAGCUCCCCGACCGAACCAGACGGCCAAUACACGGCGAUAUCAGGCGGCGAAGAUAAUUACAACUUCUACCGGAAAAACACGCAAAGAUUGAAGCUCGAACAAAGCUCUGUUUCUUUUCCCGUUUUGUAAUGGCCGUAACAGGAUCCCGGGAAACCGGGACACCCGCAGUGGUAAAGCCAGGGGUCGGGAUAUGAACUUUAAUGGCAGAAAUCGACAGGAACGCGAAACCCUAGGAUCGAGGUGGAGACGACGAGGUAGGUUACCAGAGAGAACAGAGACCAGAGACAACCAUCCAAUCCAGACCUAGUUCGGAAGUAUGGCUGACAUCUGUCAGUUUUCAAUGGCCUGAUUCAACCGUAUCUCAGGCUAUAAAGAGCGAUCGCUUUCACUUGGUGACACCUGGUGGUCGGCAAUGAUUAUUAAUGGUGGCGUUGCUUUGCAUGGAAAUCGAGCUUCAUUCUGUGGAUUCCACUCGGCGGGGUCAUCAAGCGGGAGACUCGCUCCGUGAAUUAGGGUUCUUGUGCUCUGGACCAUCUGGGUAUAUAUUUAAACGGUUUUUUGCUUUUGAUUCCUAUCAAAGCUUGUUAAGCAUGUAGUUGUGGUUUUGAAAGUGGAAUUUUGGUCUUAAUUCCAUUAAAAGACAUGCCGAGUGGUGAUGAAGGGACGGAAGACGUUUUCUUUGAUUCGGUGGAUUGUAUUCAACCUUAUGAUUCCGCAGCUUCAGACAAUUCUGUGAGUUUGAGUUCAGUGUUGGCUUUUGGCGAAUCAGAGUACGAAAUUUGGAGGAAGGAGCCGAGGAGCAUUCGUGAACGCCGGGGAAUAUUUCUUGGCAGCAUGGGUUUCAAUGAAUUUGCUCUCUCUAGAAGGGGUUGUUCGCUGGAAAUUGACGGAGAUACUUCUUGUAGUAGUUCACCAGAGAAUGCAGGGGUGGAAAGGAUCACAGAAUGCAGUGGGGCUGUCUCAAGGUUGUGGGCGUCAUGUGGUGAUGUUCAGGUGGAAGAUUUGGUCUAUGAUGGAAGGGAGACUGAUGCUAGAACAGAGUCUGUAGAUCAGGAGUUGGAUUCCUCAACGCCAAAGAAAGUGGCAUCUUCUAGAGAAAAAUAUGGUGGGCAGCUGAAUGUAAAUAUGAAUAAAAUGAGGACGUUGUGGAGAAGCCUCAAAAUGAAGAGUAAAGGAAGAGAGGCAAUGGGCAAAGUUGAUGAUUCUGGAUCAAGCCCGAGAAUGGCUACGACAAACAGACUGCAUGUGCGGCACAACAGGAAGAGGUUGAUGGAGUUUACUGGGCUUUACAUGGGACAAGAAAUUCAAGCUCACAAGGGGAAGAUCUGGACUAUGAAAUUCAGUCCAGAUGGCUGCUACUUGGCAAGUGGUGGUGAAGAUGGGGUUGUUCGCAUUUGGCGUAUUACAUCAGCAGAUGCUUCUUACAAAUAUGUUACUAAUGAAGGGUCUUCCAAAUUUCUUAACAUGGUGAAAGGGGGAAAGCUUGUCAUGGGAAGAAAAAAUUUAAAUCCUGCAUCUGUUGUCAUUCCGAAGAAGGUCUUCAAGGUUGAAGAGUCACCAGUUCAAGAAUUUCAUGGCCAUGUCGGUCAUGUGCUGGAUCUUUGUUGGUCAAAAUCUAAUUUUCUGUUGUCAUCAUCCAAUGACAAAACCGUUCGUCUAUGGAAAGUUGGUUCUGAUGAAUGUCUCAAUGUUUUUUACCACAACAAUUAUGUGACCUGCAUUCAAUUCAAUCCUGUUGAUGAAGGAUACUUUAUCAGCGGAUCGAUAGAUGGUAAACUUCGACUUUGGGGAGUCUCAGAAGGACGAGUGGUUGAUUGGGCUGAUGCACGGGAUAUUAUAACUGCCAUAUGUUAUGAACCUGAUGGACAGGGAUGCAUUGUUGGUUCCAUUACAGGCAGUUGCCGCUUCUAUGAUGCAUCAGCCAAUCAUCUGCAGCUGGAUGCACAAAUUUGUAUUCAGAGAAGAAAAAAGUGCUUUGGAAACAGGAUAACUGGCAUUCAGUUUUCCAUGGAUGAUUUUCAUAGAGUUGUUAUGAUAACAUCAGCUGAUUCAAAAGUUCGCAUUUUGUCUGGGGUUGAAGUUAUUCAUAAAUACAGAGGUCUCUCCAAGUCUGGGAGCCAGAUGUCUGCCUCUUUCACUUCUAGUGGCAGGCAUAUCAUCUCAGUAGGCGAGGAUUCUCGUGUGUAUAUCUGGAACUAUGGUGGCUCUUCUGUUCCAUCAUACAGGCAGCCAAAAUCUGUGCGUUCGUGUGAAAACUUCUUCGUGGAAGGAGGGGUAUCUGUAGCAAUACCAUGGUCUGGUGGGGAAAUGGCGUGCUGCAGUCCCCAUUGUUCCUUGAAAACGCAAGAACACUUGGACUCUGUCUCAUGGCUCACAGAUACUGAGCGGUUUUCUCUUGGCAGUUGGUUCUCCAUGGAUGGUUCAUCAAGGACUUGUGCAACAUGGCCUGAGGAGAAACUUCCCUUUUGGGCUGUACCAGUUACAGACCAUGACCAUCAUCAUCCCCACCACCAUCACAGUAAUCAUACAGCUCUGUCAGCUACAUGGGGUAUGGUGAUUGUUACAGCAGGUUGGGAUGGAGUUAUAAGAACUUUCCAUAACUAUGGCUUACCAGUCGUGCUAUGAGAAAAUAUUUAUAAGUUAUAACCAAAAUCAAUGUAAAAUCAUAGGGUAGGCUCCUUUGCCUGGCUAUUUUAUUCAUGCAACCAGGCUUUACAUGUUCCCUGGCUCUUCUUGGCUGUGGGUUCUGCAAAAUUCCAUCUUUUUUGCAGAUAUAUUUAUGUGUAAAGAGUUAAAAGUGAUCAAUUUGAUACGUGAAAAGAAUACAAAAUUUAUAGUUAUCCAUCCA